AUGUCUGGGUUUGUCAAGCGUCGGCGAGCCUUGAAUAUAAACGGAACUCGUCUCUCUGUGCACACGGGACAGUCGGUAAUUUCGUUGGGAAAUCCGUCACUAGACCAUGUUUUUGGUGGUGGGUUUCCCAUCGGUUCCAUCAUUGGUAUCGGAGAAGAUAAACAAGGAAACUACUCCCGAGUGCUAUCCAAGUAUUUUCUUGCGGAAGGCAUCGUAAACAACCAUCCACUGUUGGUAGCGUCGAUGGAAGAAGAUCCAGUGCAGCUGGUUGAAAAACUACCAAAACCCGUUGAAGCUAACACAGCAUCAGAAAGUAGCGCCGAGCAGGAACCGGAAAUCAUGCGAAUUGCAUUUCGCUACAAUCAACUCGCUCCGGUAGACUCUGAACAGAAGUCAUCCACAGCGCUCGGUCACUAUUUCGAUCUAACCAAAACAAUACCAUCAACGACAUUACUCGCACAAGAUAUAACAUAUUGGAAUGGAGACGAACUGCCAGAAAGUAGUGGCGGGAUUGGUUCGUUCCACAAUCCGCACUACGCGUCCCUGCUGUCCUGCAUCCAUCGUAAAGCGAGCGAACAACAGUUCAACUCGACUUCCGGCGAAUGCACUAAAAGCGUGCUUCGAAUUUGUUUAAACUCAAUUGGCUCUCCAUCGUGGUAUGAUCGGAACUUUUCUACAGAUUUCUUACGCUUUAUCACCUUACUAAAGACUGUCGUACGAAACACGCUGUCGGUUUGUUUAAUUACCGUUCCGCUGCAUCUGUUUCACUACCUAGACGACCUGCACCUGCACAAGAAGGUGAUAAAUUUGUUUGAUUUUUCGUUCGAACUGGAAGCGUUUGCCGGUCAGAUGGAAGAGCUAGCGAACCCUGCCUUCAAAGAGUACCAUGGCUUGUUGAACAUAACGAAAAUAGCACCAUUCAAUAGUUUGGCUUCGUAUCAUCCUAAGACACGCGAUCUAGCAUUCAAGCUGAAGCGAAGCAAGUUUGUGAUUGAAAAAUUGCACCUUCCGCCGGAUAUUGCGGAUGACGAUAGUGGGAACAAGGUUCAGGUGCCAACGCUUAGCUGUGCUAGCGGAGGAAUGAAGAGCAAGUUGGAUUUUUAG